ACCGCCAUCUUCUACUUCCCUUCCGUUCUCCUCUCAGUAUAACUCUCUCUCUUGCAGGCACGAUCCUCACACCAACUUCUCUAACUGAUAGGGCAUGAGAGAGAUAAGGCAAGCAGAGCGGACAGAGACCUAUUGUGUGGGCACACUGGAUUUGCCUCUUCUAAUUUCUUUCCUUGUCUCGUAUUUCCCAUCAGAGUUGGAUCCGUCCUGAAGAUUUUCUCUCUUCAAAUCCGAUGGGUUCUGUAGAGAAGAUAGACCCUGAUUUUGAUGAGGAGGUCCCUUUAAGCUCCUCAACAAAUCCCGUGAAAGUCUAUGCUUUUCAAUCUGAGACAACUCGUGUGCUUUCUUCCGUGAAAUUGGCCACCUCAUCCAUCUUCAAGCCAAUAGAGAUAAGACCUAUCAGGAGCAUAUACAUUGUUUUAAUUAAAGCGAAGAUCAACAUGUUGCUACCUUUCGGUCCCUUGGCCAUAUUGCUACAUUAUCUAACUGGAAAGCAUGGAUGGGUUUUCUUCUGCGCCUUAGUAGGAAUCACUCCUUUAGCAGAACGUCUGGGUUACGCUACUGAGCAACUUGCAUUUUUUACAGGACCAACAGUUGGGGGUUUGCUGAAUGCCACAUUUGGCAAUGCAACUGAAAUGAUCAUAUCAAUUUAUGCUUUGAAAAAUGGGAUGAUCAGGGUUGUACAACAAUCUUUACUGGGUUCAAUCUUGUCAAAUAUGCUUCUUGUUCUGGGAUGUGCAUUCUUUACUGGUGGGAUUGUCCACUACCAAAAGGUUCAGGUUUUCAGCAAGGCAUCUGCUGUUGUGAAUUCUGGGUUGCUAUUGAUGGCUGUGAUGGGAAUACUGUUUCCUGCGGUGCUUCACUUUACUCACUCAGAGGUUCACUUCGGCAAGUCAGAGGUUUCUCUGUCCAGAUUUAGUAGCUGUAUAAUGCUAAUAGCAUAUGCUGGCUUCCUUUUCUUUCAACUAAGAAGUCAUCACAAUAAUUAUAGUUCAGUUGAAGAGGAAGGAGAUAGUAAUGAAAAUCCUGAUGAGGAAGAAGAAUGUGAAUUAACUAAAUGGGAGGCGAUAGGCUGGCUUGCUAUUUUGACAGCAUGGAUUUCUAUUUUAUCUGGAUACCUUGUGGAUGCCAUACAGGGGGCAUCUGAGUCAUGGAAUAUGCCAGUGGCUUUCAUUAGUGUCAUAUUGCUUCCAAUUGUAGGAAAUGCUGCAGAGCAUGCUAGUGCUAUCAUGUUUGCCAUGAAGGACAAGCUUGAUAUUACCCUUGGAGUUGCUAUUGGAUCAUCUACUCAGAUAUCUAUGUUUGUGAUCCCCUUUUGUGUGGUAGUUGGGUGGUGCAUGGGAAAACCAAUGGACUUGAAUUUUCAACUCUUUGAGACUGCUACACUUUUUAUCACUGUGCUUGUUGUUGCAUUUAUGUUGCAGUCCCUCUGAAGCCAUUCUAGCUGGAAACUAUCACUCUUCUUAGGCAUUUUAUCAGGCCCACAAGUAACUUAUUGAUGUAGAGUGAAAGGAGAAAUAGAAUCAAGUUUUUCUAGAGAUGAGAGAAGAAAGGGAGGAACAGAAGAGACUCCUGUGGACCAGAGAGAUGUAAUAACAAUUUUUAAUAAUUCAGCCAUCAUCAUGGUCUAAUAAUAACUCAUCAAAGUAACUUUGUCUUGAAUUUUUUUUUCCAUCCACAUGUAAAAAAUGUAUAAAUAAAUCAAUCAAAUUUUGGUAGCCUUCAUAAAGCACUUCUUUUGGAGUUAUACUUCUUUUUUAUUAUCAAAAGUUAAGUGAGCUAGGUUCCAAGGGCUCACUAGGGGAUGGGCAUGUCUCUAGAGUCAAAAAGUGCUUACAAAGGAGUAAGUACUUACAAGAUCUUUACAUUGAUAGUGAGAUUUGAUCCCAUGACCUAUUAGGUUAUGAGUCAAAUUCUUAUCAAUUGGACUAAUCUUUAUUGGUUUCUUUUGGAGUUGAACUUCCAUUUGUCAAAACUCUUCACAUGGAUGAUUUCUUGGAAUUUGGAAAAGCUAGCUUGCAAAAUCAGAAGCCUUAAUUAUUUUAUCUAACUUGGAUUGUGAAGUCUGAACAUGUGUAUGUGUGUGUCUUUAUCUGGCUCAAUAAAAAAAUUGAUGGUUGAAAGCAAUUAUUCUAAAAGCAUUAAUUUAAAUAUGAUAUUUGUUAAAGAGUCUGCUGUCAUCAGUAACAUUGGUAAGCUAUCUCUUGGAUUCUGAAAUUGCAUUUUGACUAGUAAUUGCUUUUUUAAAUUCUGAGGCGUUAAUCAUUUUAGUGUGUUAUGUUUUACUUCUCUCUACUUUCAUUGAUGUUUCGUGACAAAUAUCCUCAAAUUUCUGUCA